GCUGAAACCUUGACCAUGGACUACCACUGUGGUGCCAACCUUGAGGUUAGGAUUGCUCGGAUCUUUACCACCUAUGGCCCGCGCAUGUGCAUUGACGAUGGUCGUGUUGUCAACAACUUUGUUGCUCAGGCGCUAAGGAAGGAGCCUUUGACGGUUUACGGCGAUGGCAAGCAGACCAGGAGUUUCCAAUACGUUUCUGAUUUGGUUGAGGGGUUGAUGAGGCUGAUGGAAGGUGAUCACAUUGGGCCAUUCAACUUGGGCAACCCUGGUGAGUUCACCAUGCUGGAACUGGCCAUUCAACUUGGGCAACCCCGAUUUCUUGACUGGUCAGCCUGGCAUCUUACCUUAUUAACUAUAGCAACACGUUUUACUCUUACUUAA